AACUAAACAUGGCUGUGUGGACUACGAACCUGUCAUAUCUUCCUCCUCUUACGCUCAAUGUUGUGGAGUCAUGGGCGGACGAAGGAUCAAAAAUUCCCAGGUCUAUCCUCCUGAAGGGUUACAUCAACUGGAUCGAGGGUUAUAUCCAUGAUGUUGAAGGUGGAGCUGGCUUCAGAAAACCCUUUUAUCCGAGACACCCACUGCACUUGUAAAGCAGGAUUGGGGCACUGUAAUCAUUUACUAGGACUACUAUACACACUGGCUCACUACCUAAAAAUGGAGCAUAAAUCUGUACCACCAAGAGCAAGUAAAACCUCUUUGCCUCAAACAUGGCAUGUGCCAUCAAGAACAUUAGGACUAAAGCCAAAGCCAAUCAGCACAGUAUCGGUUUCCAAAGUAAAACCACCAAAUAGUAGUACCCAUAGAGUAAGCCGCACAAGUGAGGGAAUUCUUCCAAAUGUUUACUGCCCAGUCCCUGUCCCAUUGCCCUGUAGUGAAUUUGAAGAGAAUCUGAGGGAAAACCUAAAAGCAUCAGGCAGCAGAAGCCACAUGUUUAAACUAUUAACUGCCAGUAACCAACAAAAACAACUUGUCACCACAGAGUUCGGCGACUUACCUUUAGGGUCUGUUUUAUCCUACCAAUUACCCCAGCAGACUGUGUCCUUUGAAGAGCACCCUACACUGCCUCUUCCUCCACAACCAUGCUCCUACGCAACUGUAUUAAACCAGGAAGAACAUAAUUUCUACGGUGGUCUGAUAAUUACAUCAGAAGAUUCACUACACCUGGAAAGUGGAACCAGGGACCAAAGCAGCAUCACUUGGCAUCGGCUACGCGCAGAGAGGAUUACAUCAACAUCUUUUAAGCGGGUCUGUUCUAGAGUUAAAGACUUUGACAAGUUAGCUGCUGACAUGUGUGCAAAACAAACCAUUCAGACCAAAGCUAUGAAAAGAGGCAUACAACUUGAGCCUGUUGCUGCUGCAGAAUAUGAAAAACUCACUGGAAACAAAUUGUUUCCCUGUGGCUUAAUAAUUAAUCAUCAUGCCCCUCAUCUAGGAGCCUCACCUGACAGGAAAGUAGUUGACCUUACAGCAGAUCCUGUCCACGGUCUUCUCCAGAUCAAAUGCCCAAACAAAGACAGCUUCAAAAACUGCUCAUAUUUGACAAAUGCAGCAGGGAACUUCACUCUAAAAAAGACCCACGAGUACUACUAUCAGAUUGUUGGACAAAUGGGGAUAAGUGGGUUUACCUGGUGUGACUUUUUUGUAAAAUGCAAUAGUGAUUACCACCUGGAACGUAUCCAUUUCAACAAAGAUGAAUGGUGUGGAAGAUUUUUAUCUUCCACAAUGGAAGGAGCUGAAGUGUAA